AAAAUCUAGCCUUAAUGAUAAUUUAUGGUGAAUAUUGUAUACUAAAUCUGCAUGAAGUAUUAAAUCCUAGAAAUUGAUGUCAUUUUCAUUUUAAAUUUUCACGGCCGAAUCCUUAUAAAAUAGAGCCCAACAGUCAUUAUUAUUGUACACAAUCUCCCUCCUAUUUCUCUCUCUCUCUCUCUCUCUCUCUCUCUCUCUCUCUCUCUCUCUCUCUCUCUCCGUCAUUAGUUUGUUAGUUUGCCAUCCUUGACCAGCUCGAAAUUACAGUGUUGCUCGCUACUUAUAUUUCAGGUUUCUCGAAAUAAAGGAGUCUAAAAAAAGAAAGCACCUUUUUUAUUCAAUCUUCAGCUUUCUGUGCAUUCGAGCGUGGAUAAGCCAUGGCUCUAAACUUGAUGUCUCCAACUGAAAUCAAGACGCUGUCUUUCUUGGAUUCCUCCAAAUCGAAUUACAAUCUCAAUCCUCUCAAGUUUCAAGGUGGAUUUGCUUUCAAGAGGAAGGAUAGUAGAUGCACUGCUUCAAAGAGAGUCCAUUGCUCGGCACAACCUCCUCCUCCUCCGGCUUGGCCCGGACGGGCUGUUGCUGAGCCCGGUCGUAUGACUUGGGAGGGCCCGAAGCCCAUUUCGGUUAUUGGAUCCACUGGCUCCAUUGGAACUCAGACGCUGGACAUAGUUGCUGAAAAUCCCGAUAAGUUUAGAAUCGUUGCACUUGCUGCUGGUUCAAAUGUCACCCUCCUUGCUGAUCAGGUGAGGGCUUUCAAACCCAAAUUAGUAUCCGUAAGAGACGAGUCAUUAGUUAGUGAGCUCAAAGAGGCUUUGGCUGAUUUUGAAGACAAGCCUGAAAUCAUUCCGGGAGAGCAAGGAAUGAUCGAGGUUGCACGACAUCCCGAUGCUGUUACUGUCGUCACAGGAAUUGUUGGAUGUGCAGGCUUGAAGCCGACAGUGGCUGCCAUAGAAGCUGGAAAAGACAUCGCUUUGGCCAAUAAAGAGACGCUGAUUGCUGGAGGACCUUUCGUCCUUCCUCUUGCAAAAAAGCAUAACGUCAAGAUUCUUCCUGCAGAUUCCGAACACUCUGCUAUAUUUCAGUGUAUCCAAGGCUUGCCGGAAGGUGCUUUGAGGCGUAUAAUUUUGACUGCAUCAGGGGGUGCUUUCAGGGAUUUGCCGGUUGAGAAAUUGAAAGAAGUUAAAGUAGCAGAUGCUCUAAAGCAUCCUAACUGGAAUAUGGGAAAGAAGAUUACAGUGGACUCUGCAACCCUCUUUAACAAGGGUCUAGAGGUUAUAGAAGCUCACUAUUUGUUUGGGGCUGAAUAUGAUGAUAUCGAGAUCGUUAUUCAUCCUCAAUCUAUCAUACAUUCGAUGGUCGAAACACAGGAUUCAUCCGUGCUAGCUCAAUUGGGAUGGCCCGACAUGCGUUUGCCUAUUCUGUACACCUUAUCAUGGCCAGAGAGAAUCUACUGCUCCGAGAUCUCAUGGCCUCGCCUCGACCUCUGCAAGGUCGACCUGACAUUCAAGAAGCCUGACAAUGUCAAAUAUCCGUCGAUGGAUCUAGCUUAUGCUGCUGGACGAGCUGGAGGCACCAUGACCGGAGUUCUUAGUGCAGCCAAUGAGAAAGCAGUUGAAAUGUUCAUCGACGAGAAAAUCGGAUACCUGGACAUAUUCAAGGUUGUGGAGCUGACAUGCGACAAGCAUCGAGCGGAGAUGGUGGCGUCGCCCUCGUUGGAGGAGAUCAUCCACUACGACCAGUGGGCCCGGGAGUACGCGGCUGGUGUGCAGCGGUCGGCCGGUUUGAGUCCUGCUCUUGUAUGAGCGGAGGUUGAUGGAUGUGAUCAUCAACUGGAAACUUGUUCAUUUUUUGGUUCUGUUUUUCCAAAGUAAUUUAUUAUGAAAAGGAAAGGGAUCAUGUGACAUUAUGAAACAGUGCCACCAUGAAAUAGAUCAAAAAAAUGUCACAUGAGUUUUAGAUGUUCAUCAUCAAUUGUAAAUUUGAUGAGCAAUGUUUCACAGGUUCUUUUUCUGAAAAGGUCAUUUUGUGAAAGGGGAGAAAUAAAAUUUUAAAGAUAUAUUGCUUCAA